CGCGUCCAAUGCGCAGUUAAAAAUCGAAAUCGUUCGCAAAAUCAACGCGUUUGCUAGGAAAGCUAGAGAAAAAAAAAUUCAGCAGAAAGUAGAGAAAUUUUUGCUUUUAUUUUUGAGUUGGUUGGAAAAUAAAAAGAUGCUAAAAAUUAUUGCUGAAAUUUCUAUGCAAGAAAAAUUUUUUAAUUGCAAAAUGUGAAUGAGAAGUGCAACAAAAAAAGUUUUCCAGUUUUUUAAUAUGAAUCAUGGUUGUACUCCGCCAACCAGAAAAAACACCAUUGAAGGCAUGGAAAUAUCCAUAGUCCAUGCCACGCCAUAAACAAACUCAAUCUUAAGCGGUGGGGAGGCGCAGAAUACUGAAAAAAUCCACAAAACCUUGUUACAGGAAAUUUAAACAAAAAUGCAGAAAAAUGUGUCAACCGCGCCGUCGAAAAUGUUGCCAAAGUGCUGGAAGAAAUAGAAUUUUUAACCAAAAAUCAACGGUGCAGUCUCUGCAAAAGACUUGAAAGUAGUGAAUUUAUAUAACAGAACCAAAAAAGAAAUUAAGACACAAAAAACCAAAAACCAAAAACAAAACAAUUUUAAUUAGAAACUAUCAAACAACAUCUCUUAGCGUACGUAAAACACAAGCGAAAAAAAUCACCGCUCAACAUCAAAAAACUAAGCAAACAUUAGGCGCCGAAUACAGCACACAUUGCGCACUUCUAAGCGCUCUUCACAAGCUAGCCCACUCGCACCCGCUCUGUUCACCACAAAAUGCCACACUGCACUUCAACGAAGUCCACCGCUACGUCGUCGCCAUUAUUGUCCACUUCGACGCGCAAACUACUAGGCAUUGCGCUCCUUUUCUUUGCACUGAGCAGCUGGACCACGCUUACACCGGUCGCAUGUCAGCGGCCGCUACUCAAUCACACCAACUACAAUUCGAUUGCUGCCGCGCAGCAGCACAAUUACUUGGGCAGCGGCAAACAGUUACGCAAUGGACGCACGCGCGACAUGCCCGUACCACAAGCGACCAUGGCAACAAUGCUACAACGCGGCAUGCCACUCUAUGAUGACUUCGAUGGCACCGAUGGCACGCGUCUACCGCCACUGGGCGGGCGUGGUGGUGGUGUACGCGGUGAUAGCAAUCGGCGUCGACUUAAUCUAUCCGGUUUGGGUGCGCGGCCAGAUCGGGGUAGCGGACGACGUGGCAUUGAAUCGUUACGCAAGGAGCUGAUGAAGCCUUCGGUGGGCGGACCAGGUGGUGGCAUAAGCGGCAAUAGUGCGGGGUAUCCAUCCUAUUCGGCGACCUCAUCGAUAGGCAAAAUCGACGGGCUGGGUAGUCUGGGACCGGCUGAACGUUAUGGCGAUCAAUUGCGACCCGGUGUUGGGACUGUAUACGCUACACAUUUUCCACCACAAUUUAUUGGCAAUCAGGCGGGCACCAUUGACGACAAGCCACUGCGGAUGAGUCCAAAGAAGUCUUACAAUUCAAUUUCGGAAAUACGCAAAUUGAAUAAGCAACGCUUUACGCCACAAGGGCAAGCCGAUGAACCGGAUGGUGGUGUCACAAAUGGGAACGUCGAUGGCGAUGAUAUGGAGGUGGACGAACACAGAGAUCCCUUGGAGGUGAUCAAAGAGAAAAUGCGCAAUACAGCGCCCAAAUCGAGUCCUUACGAAACACAAACGGAUGCCCCUUCCUCAGAAAUAGAAGAUCAACUUGGCGUUAAAUGCACAUUCGAGACACCCUGCGCCUGGAAUUGGUCGGAAGGUCUAGAAGAUGGUUUUCAAGUAAUAAGUGGCACAGAGCUGGUUAAGAAGAAUAUGACUGGAUUAUACCCGGGACCAAUUGCAGACUCCACUGAAGAUGCGAACGGCCACUUUCUCUACGCGCGUCUACUACCACUCACUGAUCAGGUGAAUCUCACCUCGCCACAAUUCAGCACCACUAUGGAAAAAUGCUUCCUUGAAGUCUACAUGCAUCAGAGCGAUAUGAGCCAUGGACUUUCGCGUGUAGUCGUCGAACCAUUGCAUUCGCAGGAAAGUUCAUGGGUGCCAGCAGAAGUUGUGGGCGAUAACUAUCGUCAGUGGUCACGCAAAUUCUAUCGUCUUGGUCGCAUAUCACGUGACUUUCGCAUCGUCUUCGAGAUUGUACCAAAGCUAAGCGAAGGACAGAAGGCACAUGUGGCUAUCGAUAAUCUGCGUAUGGUAAAUUGUUUCCCAGAGGGCACCAAAUCAGAGAAGUGCAGUACUUCGCAAAUUAAGUGCAUGAUGAAUAAAGUGCCGGUUUGUAUACCAUUACCGCGUAUCUGCGACAUCACCAAAGACUGUGACGAUGGCGAGGAUGAAUUGCUCAAUUGCGAUAAAAUUCCUUAUGGCGGCCGCUGCGACUUUGAAAACGAUUGGUGCGGCUGGCGUGACUCGGGCAAGACGGUGCUGACUUGGUCGCGUCACACUGGUGCUUCCCCCACACAUGACACCGGUCCCGAUGGCGAUCAUACACAGCAGCAUCUCUUGAAUGCUACUGGUGGCUAUUAUAUGCUCGUCGAUAUGAAUCAACAUAUGAAUAAUUCGGAGAAGGCUUCACAAAUUGGUUUUGCUAGCAAUGCUUUUAUGAUCAGUAAAACCUUUAAUCCACCGCCACUGGUGCAUGGAAAUCCCAAUUCGCCGUACCGGAACUCAUGCGUGGUGCGUUUUUAUGUGCAUCAGUUUGGCAAGAAUCCGGGUAGCAUAAACCUCUCUGUGGUUGAAAUGAAGGAGAAGGAGAAUAUAACUACAACGCUUUGGUGGAGCAGUAAAAAUCAGGGUAGCGAUUGGCUGCGUGCUGAAUAUCUGCUACCGAACAUUACAUCCAAAUACUAUCUACACUUCGAAGCCCGUAUGGGUAUGCGCAUCUUCUCGGACGUUGCAGUUGAUGAUGUAUCCUUGAGUCCCGAAUGUUUUGGCAUAAAUAUACCGAAAGAGCAUCUUAACGGGUAUAACUACUGGGAUGUUCGGCAUAAUUUCCGAAGUCCCUCGCAUCGAGACUACGAAAAUAAACACUAUCUACAGUUAACUACGUGCGACACGCGCGGCAUGAUAGGACCGACACAGCAACAAUGUGAAGCGGCCUACAAAGAGAGUAAUCAAAGUCAUGUGCUGAAGGAGGUGCACGUCGUCGAAGAUCAAAGUUCCUACAAGGGCAUGCAAAAAUGGAAGGUGCCACAUGAGGGUUACUAUACCAUUAUUGCCAAGGGCGCCAGCGGUGGCUUGGGUUCCGGUGGCGUGGGCUCCUCACGUGGUGCCAUGGCCGUGGCUAUACUCGAACUACACAAAAACGAGGAGCUCUACAUACUUGUGGGUCAACAGGGCGAAAAUGCUUGCAUCAAGUCGUUGAGCGCCAAAGAAGACGGUUGCGGCCCUGAUACGCCCGAACUGGACUUGAGCAAAUACAGUUUCAGCUCGAAACAGCAUAUGGUGAAGAAUAUUUAUAUUGAAAAUGGCGCUGGUGGAGGUGGUGGCGGGUCCUAUGUAUUUCUGCUCAACUCUGCCAAGAACGAGGCUGUACCGCUGGUAAUCGCUGGCGGCGGUGGCGGUCUCGGCAUUGGACAAUACAUCGAUGAAGACUUUCAGCAUGGACAAAAGCCCAACCCGAUUCGUCUCGGCGUUACUGGCCAAAUUCAUGGCGAGCAAGUAAAUCUGAAAACCGCAGGCCCAGGUGGCGGCUGGCGCGCCAAAGCCGAUCAAGCGCUGAGUCCCAAGUAUGGCGCUGCCUUGCUGCAGGGCGGCCGCGGUGGCCACUCGUGCUACGUCGAAGUGAUGGGCAACAAUGGCAGCGCGGUAAACAAGCAUGGACAAGGUGGUUUUGGUGGCGGUGGUGGCGGCUGCAAUACUGGUGGCGGCGGUGGCGGCUAUGCGGGCGGCGAUGUUUAUCUCAAUGAAUCGAAUGGGGAGGGUGGCACAUCGUUCAUCAGCACCAGUCGCAGUUUGAAGGAGUUGAACAUUGUUUAUGAGGGUGCGAGCAGCGGCUCUGGUUCGGUCAUUAUCAUACCGGCGAUCGAGGGUUGCGGUUGUGAUUAUCGUUGCAUAGCAUUGGAUGAAUAUCGGACGUCGGUACGUUGCAUAUGUCCGGAUGGCUGGCGAUUGAAGCGCGAUAACCAAACGGCGUGUGAGGUGAUUUCCGACGAGCGUAUACCAUUCUCAUAUCUCAUUGGAUUUUUCAUUUUCCUGGUUGUGCUAUUGGGCGCUGCGCUUACUGCGCUCAUCAUUAUUUUGUACAAUCGCUAUCAGCGUAAAAAGCAGGCCAAGCUCCGCCACAAAAUGCUACUCGAACAGGAUCUACAACUCAGUCGUUUGCGCCACAAUAUCGAUGAUUCUAAUCUGACUAACUUCAAUCCCAAUUAUGGCUGCGAUGGCAUACUAAAUGGACAAAUCGAUGUAAAACAGCUGCCGCAAAUAGCACGCGAAAGCUUGAGGCUCGUGAAAGCACUCGGUCAAGGCGCCUUUGGCGAAGUCUACCAAGGACUUUAUCGCGCACGCGACAACGACACCGUCGAAAUGCCAGUGGCCGUUAAAACCCUGCCCGAAAUGUCCACACGUCAAGCAGAGGAGGACUUCCUCAUGGAGGCUGCUAUCAUGGCGAAAUUCCAUCAUCCCAAUAUGGUACAUCUGCUUGGCGUUUGCUUUGAUCGACAUCCACGUUUCAUUGUGCUUGAGCUCUUGGCUGGUGGCGAUCUGAAGAAUUUCUUGCGUGAGGGACGCAACAAGCCCGAACGUCCGUCGGCACUCAUAAUGAAAGAUCUCAUCUUUUGUGCGCGCGAUGUAGCCAGGGGUUGUCAAUAUAUGGAGAGUAAGCGUUUCAUUCAUCGCGACAUAGCUGCGCGCAAUUGCUUGCUCAGCAGUAAAGGUCCCGGCAGAGUGGUGAAGAUCGCCGAUUUUGGCAUGGCGCGUGACAUUUAUCGCAGUGACUAUUAUCGAAAGGGUGGUAAGGCUAUGUUGCCGAUUAAGUGGAUGCCACCAGAGGCAUAUGUGGAUGGCAUAUUCACCGCCAAGACAGAUGUGUGGUCAUUUGGUGUGCUGCUGUGGGAGGUCUUCAGCUUAGGCAUGAUGCCAUAUCCAGGUUUACAAAACCCUGAAGUCAUGAAAUUGGUUGCUAAUGGCGGACGUCUUGGCGCACCACCUGGCUGCCCGACAACGAUCUAUCGCAUUAUGGCUGAUUGCUGGAAUCCCACACCAGAAGAUCGCCCCAACUUUACUAAUCUACUAGAGCGGAUUAUGGAGUGUGCGCAGGACGAGGCCCUCAUGGAGUCCCCACUGCCGCCAAGUAUCUUUCGUCCGCUCUCAACCGAUCGCGAUCAGUUGGCAGCCGUACGUCCACCCGGAAACGAAGAGUUUUGCUUACCAAUGCCCCACACAUCCGACUACCUAAUACCGCUUCCCAGCGGUGCAAGUGUCGGCCUAAUUGCAAACAUGGACUACGCCAGCUCGAUUGCUGGCGCACACAAUCUCAACCCAAGUGUAGCCACCACCUCGACCGCAUGCAGCGCCAAUAUCUGCACACCGCCAGCUGUCGCAUCGCCCGAUGCACCCAAUGUUGCAUUCAACCUGGACGCAGGCGGUAUGAGCGGCACAGACUGCUGGGAAACUUCCUUCAUUUUACCAAACUCGAAGAGCGAUCAACCUUUGCUGAGUGGCGCCGUAGGUGGUACAGCGGCUCCGCCAUCCACCAACGAUUCACAGCGCAGCAUUAAUGGUGUCACCGCAAACGGACCCAUUACGGUGACUGCGGGCAAUUUGGGUAGUGGACAUAGCAGCAGCAGUCAACAUUCACCAAUAAUGCACAACGGCAUCAAUGGCAUCAAGAUGAACAGGCUCAAUCACAACAAUAACAACAACAGCAACAACAAUAAUAAUCAUCAUCAUCAACAUCAUCAGCAGCAACAUAUUGAGGCCGAGGAGGCGAAGCUUAUAAGCUUAGAUACACCACAACCGACGCCGACCACAAUACAGCCGCCACUGUCAUUCUCCUCGCAACUGGAUGGCAUAACACUCGAUCCGGCGGCGCUCAGCAAAAGUCUGCAGCAGCACAAGAUGGGUGGAGCAGGCGUAGGCACCGGUGUUGGCGGCAUCGGCGUCAAUAAAUCCGCUGCUUCGUCAUCCUAUGCCAACGUACAGAUGAUGCCGUCGUCGGUGAAGGCGGCGCCAACGUCCCAUAAAAUGGCCGGCGCCGCUGGCAUUGAUAUGAGCAAGGAGCUGCCAAACGGUGCAGGUGGUAAUGGCGGUGGAGAGAAGUUGAAUGGCAUGCUUGAUGCAACGCUGCAUAAUGGACCGUCCAGCGGUGUGGUUCCGAAUGGCGUGGCAACUGUAAAUGGUAAUGGCGUCGGCGGAGGUGGCAGCAGCGCGGUGGCUGUCGAUACGGUACCAUUCACAAUACAAGGCUACAGUGACCGUUACAAGGAUAAUCAUGCCGAGAUCAGCUGUUAGACAGCUGAAUGUAAUUGGAAAGUAGAAGCUAUGUAUACAAACAGCUGUCUAACGGCCGACAACAGCUGAGGCAGUGAGUGCACACAGCUGUUGAACGGCGCGACGACUGAUCACCGAUGACGGCAGCGACUGUGGUAGCGGCUGCGUAAAACGCAGCUGGCAAAGGGUCAGUGCGGUGUACGGGGUGUGUUGGUUGUAUUGUAUUUAAUUUUCACACACAAAAAAAAUAUGUAUUUAUAAGAAAAAUAUUUAGUAAAAAAAUAUAAAAUAAAUGUAUGUUAAAAAUAAGCAAGUAGAAAGGUUAUGUCAUUAGUUUAAGUAACUGAAGACAACGGGACCAAAUAAUUAAUAAAAAAAGGAAAAACAAAAGCAGCAACAAAGCAGAACUGGCUGAUUUUUAUGUAAAAUAAAUUUAAAUACGUUAAUAUUUAUAUUUAAUAGAGUAAGUACAUACAUGUGUAUGUGUGUAUGUGUAAAAUAAAUACACAAGUAGACAAAGGCAAACUGAAAAUGACAGUGAAUUUAAGCAAAAAGAGCUAAAACAAACAAUAAAAAUAAAUUUCAGAUAUGUAUGUAUGUGCACUAUAAAGUAAAUAAAAUAAAAAUAACUAAGCAUAGCUGAGUUAGUUUUAAGUGAAUAUAUAUAGUUUACAUGCAUAUAACAAACGGAUGUAUAAUUAAAAAAGAGUAUAAUUAUAAACGAAAAAACUGCAACUAAAAUUAAAAAAAAAAUAAAAAAUUAAUAAAGUAAGCUAAAGUUUUUAAGUUUUAUGUAGAGUGUGUGUGCAUAGCGUAGCUUAUUUGUAUAUUAAAAUGUGUGAAAAAUGCAUAAAAAUAAUUUGUUAAUGAUUUUUUUAGAAUGAAAGUGGAAAAUGAGCUGCAAAACAGGGGAGAGCAAAUGGUGCGUAAGUUUAUAAAAGAAAAAAUUAUAAUAAAUUUAAUACCACACAGUUAAAAAUACGGCAUAAAUAUCACAGUUGAUGAAUUGGAAAGGCACAGACUUGCGAGCGGCUUAAAUUUAAACGAGUGUACUCGUAGUGAAUUUAUGUACAUAUAAGUAGUUUUGAAAGCUAGAAAAAUACAAAAUUAGUUGUUAAAAACAUAACAACUUAUCGAAAAUGGAAUUUCAGCGUUUUUAAUUAAUUAUAAAUUUUCAAAACAUGGCGAAAAUCGCUGAAAUUGCUAAGGAAAGUGCGAGCGUGCACGCAGAUAAGCAGCGAGAGCAGCAAUUUGAAGCAUAAAACAUAUAAAAAAAUUUAAUGACAUAUUAUAAAAUUAAAUUAAUUAAAUAACCCAUAAAACUACAUAUAAUGCUUGUAAAAAGUAAAUGUGCUUGAGUGAUAUACAUACAUACAUAAUUAUUUAUGUUGAUGCAUUAAAUGUUUAUAAGGAAUGAAAAAAAUAAAUAAA